AUCUGACAGCCCCGCCCACUACGAGUCCUGUGGUUUUGCACCUGCCUCUGAGCACAAAACCUCCAGGAGCUCCUUUUACCUGCACUGCAGCGUUCAACGAGCCCCUUACUUACUGAAACCUCCGCCACGGCACAACAGAGGCGCGAGCAUCUACUGUGGACAGGUAUGCAACAUGCGGGCUGUCUGACCAGCAACUGCAGCCCACCUCCAACUGAUGAAGAAGGCGCACCUUAAAAAAAACAACCCAACAACAACCCGGAGAAGUCUGUGCAGCCAGUAGCUGAGAUUUUCUGAGUGUUUGAUGUCAGGGGAAACGAACCCGAGGCUGUGACUGCCACACGGGGACAUGUGCUAAGUAACACAGGAGGAGAAGGGACGUAAACAUGCAAUAAGUGGCAGCCAGGUAGCCUACUACGCAAGAGCGCUCCCUCCGGACCUCCUCUCUGAACUUUACCCGCUGAGCUCGGACGCGAUGGCUGCUGGUGGUGGUGGUGCUGCCACUCUGGGAGAAGUUGGAGGCGUCUGGCACGGCAUCGACGGUGUCGCACAAGUCGGCUCUCAUUUCUUCCUCACGGAGAGCCAGACGCGGCUGGAAGAGCACCUCGUACCUGGGGACAGAUUCUCGGAUUUAACGCACCUCAAAGGAAUUCUCAGGAGGAGGCAGUUGUACUGCAGAACUGGAUUUCAUCUGGAAAUACUUCCGGAUGGCACAGUGCAAGGCACGAGGAAGGACCACAGCCGUUUUGGUAUUUUGGAAUUCAUAAGCCUGGCUGUUGGAUUGAUAAGCAUUAAAGGGGUGGACAGUGGACUCUAUCUGGGGAUGAACAACAAAGGAGAGCUGUAUGGCUCUAAGGAGCUCACGGCUGAUUGUGUCUUCAGGGAGCAGUUUGAGGAGAACUGGUACAACACGUAUUCAUCCAACCGCUACAAGCACGGAGACAAAGGGACGCGUUACUUUGUGGCAUUAAAUAAAGAUGGGACACCAAGGGAUGGGACUAAAUCCAGGCGGCACCAGAAAUUUACACACUUCUUGCCCAGGCCUGUGGACCCUGAGCGCGUGCCAGAGCUGUACAGGGAUAUCCUGGGACACAGCUGAGAGCUGGAGGCCUGGUCCAGAUCAGGAAUAGAUGCUUAAAAAGCCUUGGCAGGCAGUCCUGGGAGCAGAAAGGAAGAAGGAGGGAUGCAGGCGGGGAUGUGACCGGUCGCAGGCUGGUGAACAGCAGCCCGACCAGCGGGGAUAAAGGCAUCGGAGAAGGGGGUGGGGGGCCUCUUGUAGGAAUGCAUGGGCCAUCAUCUCUCAGCAGCCAGGAGGACAGGCUAGAAUGUCUGCACGCUCUGCAUGAGGGCGUCAUUUGUUUCCACAAAAGUACCUGCGUGGAUUAGGAGACAAAUAAGAAGCAGGGCUGAACGGUUGUGGAGUAUCUCCUCGGUUGGACAGAGAUGCCAGCUGGUGUGGAGUCUGUGGGAAUCUGUGACAUUACAAGAUGGUACUACAGUGUCACUCAGAGAGACGUAGCUUGAUCAGAAGGACUUUGAAGGAAUACAGAUUUUUUUUUAAUCUCACCUGUCUUUAGA